AGAGGAAAGGUUGUGAGUGCAGAGUGCAGCAGAAGUUUCUGUCUCAAUUCUCGGGACUUCCAAAAGGAACCGGGCUCGGGAGAGCGUCAGCCUGACAUGGCGAUGCCGCACGGUGUGAUGUUUGCUUCUUCUUUUUUCUUUCUUUCCUUUUUUCUUUUUUUUUUCCUGCACACUACUAGUCGAAAUGGUAACCAGGAGAGUAUGACUAACUAGUUGUGGGUGAAAUUAUGGGAUGCAUCGUCAUGGCAACAGACCAGACGUCACAAUCUGGGCAUGUGUGUUCCAUUUUUGUCUUUCUUAUUUUUCAGACUGCAAGACCUGGAUAGAGAUCAGUGGAAAAUAUUUAUAUAUAAAUUUAUUUUUUAAUAUUGUUAUUAUUUUACUCCUGGAAAGGAGGCCCCUUAUUCACUGCAAAAAAAUAAUAAUAAAUUAAAUUCCAAAAUUUGAAUAGCGCGACGAAUACAAUUCUUUUUGGGUGAAGAAAGAGACUGGGCUGCGGCGUCUGGAGGGUUAACUUUCAGUAUUCCCAGCCUAAAAGGGGUUUGGGAGCUAUGAGAUAAAGAUGCCGGGGUCGCUGAGUAAUGAAGACGAGGGACAAGACGACAUGGAUUUUGAAGACGAUAUGCCAGGUGAGGGAAAGGGGGGAGGCGGGGUGUCCUUCAGAUUAUUUUUGCGCCGCUACGCCUUGAAUGCGGGGAAAAGGGCUUGUCCUGCGUUCCUGAGACCAGAGAGGAGGAGGAGGGGUGGGGUGCAAUAAGCAGAGUCAUGCUAUUAUUUUUUUUUCUGUGUGUGUGUGACCUAGUGUGUUAAAGAUGAGGACGAUGAAGGCGAGCGCAACGCCGUUCCCCUCACCCCCCUCGACAGCUUUUUCUCCGACGACGACUCCCUCAAACAACAAAAGAAGAAGAAGCCCAAAAAGAUGAAAGAGGGGAAAAUGCCCAAAGUUAAGAAGAGGAAAAAAGAGGGAGGACUACAGGCUCGAGUCGACAGCGACCUGGAGGAGACCUCGGAGGUGGAGGAGGAACGGGAACGUCCGGCCAUCGGCUCAGAGAGCGAGAGCAGCACGUACGGUCCCACCAAGAAGAAGAAGAAGAAACCCAAGGAGAAGAAAGAGAAAAAGCCCAGGAAGAAGAAGAGAGACGAGGAGGAUGAUGACGACGACGACGAUGAUGGCAACAUGAAGGAACCCAAAUCAUCCAGCCAGCUGAUGCAUGAAUGGGGCCUCGAAGACGUUCAGUACGGCUUCACAGAGGACGACUACAAAACCAUCACCAACUACAAAGCUUUCAGCCAGUUCCUCAGGCCUCUCAUUGCCAAGAAGAACCCGAAGAUUCCCAUGUCAAAGAUGAUGACAGUGUUAGGGGCCAAGUGGCGGGAGUUCAGUGCCAACAACCCGUUCAAAGGCGCAUCUGCCACCGCCGUGGCCGCCGCUGUGGCUGCCGCCGUGGAAACCGUAACCGUGGCACAGCCAACGUCUGUCAGCAGCGGCCAGCUGAGCUCUCAGCUGGGGCCAAUCAAAAAAGCCAAAACCAAAGAGGGAAAGGGGCCAGGAGUUAGAAAGAGGAGCAAGUCUGUGAAAGAAGUGAAGAAGAAACCCAAGCCGAAGAAGACCAAAUCAAAGUCUGGCCAAAGUGGGAAGAAGAAGAAAGCAUCCUCGAGCGAGGAGGACUUACUGGAGGAGUCAGACUUUGAUGACAUCAGCAUCCACAGUGCCUCUGUGCUUUCUGAUACCUCGGGGGCCGCCACCAAGAAAAAGGCCCGACGUGGGCGGAAAAAAAGGAAAAAGGAGGACGGUGACGGCUAUGAGACAGACCACCAGGACUACUGUGAGGUCUGCCAGCAGGGCGGAGAGAUCAUCCUGUGUGACACCUGUCCCAGGGCCUACCACCUGGUCUGUCUGGACCCCGAGCUGGAGAAGGCCCCCGAGGGAAAGUGGAGCUGUCCGCACUGUGAGAAGGAGGGGAUCCAGUGGGAGGCCAAAGAUGAGGAGGAGGAUGAGGAGGAGCCCGUGGGCGAGGAAGAGGAUGACCACAUGGAGUUUUGCAGAGUGUGUAAAGACGGAGGAGAGCUCCUGUGUUGCGACACCUGCCCGUCGUCGUACCACAUCCACUGCCUCAACCCGCCUCUUCCCGAGAUACCAAACGGGGAGUGGUUGUGUCCCCGCUGCAUGUGCCCUCCACUUAAAGGUAAAGUACAAAAGAUUCUGCACUGGAUGUGGGGAGAUCCCCCGCUGCCGGCUGAACUGCCUCCAGGCCCCGACGGCAAGCCAAGUGAUCCUCUGACCAAGCCUCCACUCAAGGGCCACCCGGAGAGGGAGUUCUUCGUGAAGUGGGCCGCCCUUUCGUACUGGCACUGCUCCUGGGUCAGCGAACUGCAGCUGGAGCUUUACCACACGGUCAUGUACCGGAACUACCAGCGCAAGAACGACAUGGACGAGCCUCCGCCCUACGACUACGGCUCCGGGGAGGAGGAGCUCAACAGCGAGAAGAGGAAGAGCAAAGACCCUCAGUAUGCUGUGAUGGAGGAGCGCUUCUACCGCUACGGCAUCAAACCCGAGUGGAUGGUCAUCCACCGGAUAGUCAACCACAGUUUCGAUAAGGAUGGCGACGUGCACUACCUGAUCAAGUGGCGAGACCUACCCUACGACCAGUGCACCUGGGAGGUGGACGAUUUUGACGUUCCAGAGUACGACAGCCAUAAAGCGAGUUACUGGGACCACAGAGAGCAGAUUUUAGGGGAGGAUCAACGCCCCCUUGUGGUGAGGAAAGGAAAGAAACUCAAAGACGACCAUCCAAAGAGGGAGGUCCCUCCUGAUGCUCCCAUCAUAGAUCCCACCAUCAAGUUCGAGCACCAGCCGUGGUACAUCAAUGCCACCGGAGGAACGUUGCACCCGUACCAGCUGGAAGGCCUGAACUGGUUGAGGUUCUCCUGGGCUCAGGGCACCGACACCAUCCUGGCUGAUGAAAUGGGUCUGGGGAAGACUGUGCAGACAAUAGUGUUUCUCUACUCACUAUAUAAAGAGGGCCAUUCUAAGGGGCCUUUCUUGGUGAGCGCACCCCUCUCCACGAUCAUCAACUGGGAGAGGGAAUUCGAGAUGUGGGCGCCAGAUUUCUACGUGGUGACGUACACGGGAGACAAAGACAGCAGGGCAAUCAUCAGGGAGAACGAGUUCACCUUUGAAGACAGCGCGGUGAAAUCAGGACGCAAGGUGUUCCGCAUGAAGAAAGACACUCCAAUCAAAUUCCACGUGCUGCUGACGUCGUACGAGCUGAUCACUAUAGAUCAAGCCAUUCUGGGUUCCAUCACCUGGGCCUGUCUGGUAGUAGACGAGGCCCACAGACUGAAGAACAACCAAUCAAAGUUUUUCAGAAUUCUCAACGGGUAUAAGAUCUACUACAAGCUGCUGCUGACUGGGACUCCUCUUCAGAACAACCUGGAGGAGCUGUUCCACCUGCUUAACUUCCUCACCCCGGAGCGCUUCAACAACCUGGAAGGCUUCCUGGAGGAGUUUGCCGACAUCUCGAAAGAGGACCAGAUCAAGAAACUCCACGACCUGCUGGGGCCUCACAUGCUCAGGAGGCUGAAAGCUGAUGUCUUCAAGAACAUGCCCGCCAAGACAGAGCUGAUUGUCAGGGUGGAGCUCAGCCCUAUGCAGAAGAAAUAUUACAAGUUUAUCUUGACCCGGAAUUUCGAGGCUCUGAACUCCAAAGGUGGGGGGAACCAAGUGUCCCUGCUCAACAUCAUGAUGGACCUGAAGAAGUGCUGCAACCACCCCUACCUGUUCCCCGUGGCUGCCGUGGAGGCUCCUGUUUUACCCAACGGCUCAUACGAUGGCAACCUACUGGUGAAGUCCUCAGGAAAACUGACGCUGCUUCAGAAAAUGUUGAAGAAACUCAAAGAUGAAGGACACAGAGUUCUCAUUUUCUCUCAGAUGACAAAGAUGCUGGACCUGCUUGAGGAUUUUCUUGAGUUUGAGGGCUAUAAAUAUGAACGUAUUGACGGAGGGAUUACUGGAGGCCUAAGACAGGAGGCUAUUGACCGCUUCAAUGCACCGGGCGCACAGCAGUUCUGCUUCUUGCUUUCGACACGAGCCGGAGGUCUCGGCAUCAACCUGGCCAGCGCAGACACCGUCAUCAUCUACGACUCUGACUGGAAUCCUCACAAUGACAUCCAAGCUUUUAGCAGAGCCCACCGUAUAGGACAAAACAAGAAGGUGAUGAUCUAUCGUUUUGUGACUCGGGGCUCGGUGGAGGAGCGAAUCACCCAAGUGGCAAAGAGGAAAAUGAUGCUGACUCAUCUGGUGGUGCGGCCUGGCCUGGGCUCAAAAACUGGCUCCAUGUCCAAGCAAGAGCUGGAUGACAUCCUCAAGUUUGGCACCGAGGAACUUUUCAAAGAUGAAAUGGAGGCAGCGCGUACCAUGGGUACCUCUAUGCACCGUGACAACAAAGACGGCGAGGAGGGCAACGUCAUUCACUAUGACGACGAUGCCAUCUCGAAGCUGCUGGACCGCAGCCAGGACGCCACCGAGGACACAGAGAUUCAGAACAUGAACGAGUACUUGAGCUCCUUCAAGGUGGCUCAAUACGUGGUGAAAGAGGAAGACGGAGAGGAGGAGGUGGAGCGCGAGAUCAUCAAGCAGGAGGAGAACGUGGACCCGGACUACUGGGAAAAACUCCUCCGCCACCACUACGAGCAGCAGCAGGAGGACCUGGCCCGGAACCUGGGCAAGGGGAAGCGCAUUCGGAAGCAGGUCAACUACAACGACACGACCCAGGAGGACCAAGAGUGGCAGGAUGAUCUUUCAGACAAUCAGUCGGAGUACUCGGUGGGGUCCGAGGACGAGGACGAAGAUUUUGAGGAGAGGCCCGAAGGUGGACGCAGACAGUCUCGUCGGCAGCUCAAGAGCGAGAAGGACAAACCUCUGCCGCCCCUGCUGGCACGCGUUGGGGGCAGUAUUGAGGUCCUGGGGUUCAACGCUCGCCAGAGGAAAGCCUUCCUUAAUGCCAUCAUGCGCUGGGGCAUGCCUCCUCAGGAUGCGUUCAACUCUCACUGGCUGGUCAGGGACCUGAGGGGGAAGAGUGAGCGAGAGUUCAGGGCCUACGUGUCUCUGUUCAUGAGACAUUUAUGCGAGCCGGGGGCAGAUGGGGCGGAGACCUUUGCAGACGGAGUCCCCCGCGAGGGGCUGUCCCGCCAGCACGUUCUCACCAGGAUCGGAGUCAUGUCCCUCGUCAGGAAAAAGGUGCAGGAGUUCGAGCACGUAAACGGGAAGCUGAGCUCUCCAGAUCUGAUCCCCAUCGGAAUGGAGCUGAAGAAACUGACCGAGAGCGUGUCCUCUGAUCCCAACACCCCCGUGCCGGCCAGCCCCGUCGCCACGCAGCCUGGCACCCCCGUCUCACUAGAGAAGACGGAGUCUUUCUUGGGUGCCGCCGAGGACAAGGAGACCACAGAGCAAGAUGGCAAGAAGCUGUCAGAGCAGGAAGCUUCCAGCGCGGAGCCAGCAUCCGCACCUGAGAAGACAGCUGACAGCGAGGAGAGCAAGGCCAGCUCAGAGGAGAAAACAGAGGAUGAGAGGAGCCGAACCGAGUCACCCUUCACAAAGGCCGAGCCGUCGGCGAACUCAAAAGAGUCCGCGUUCAAACAGGCAGAGCUGCCAUCGCCUAAGACGGAUUCAUGCAAAGACACGGAGAAGGCCUCGGAAAAAGGUGAUUCAGAUUCUCCUCAGUCGAAAGUGGAAGACAAAGAUGUUAAAUCAGACGACCUGAAGAGUGAAGAUAUAUUAGAGGGUCGGUUAAAUGGCGACAAAGACACUCUGGACGAGAUGGACGAGAGCAGGAAAGAGGACAAAAACGGGUUCAAGGCCAAGUUUAUGUUUAAUAUCGCUGACGGAGGUUUUACAGAGUUGCACACCCUCUGGCAAACUGAGGAGCGAGCGGCGCUGUCUUCAGGAAAGAUGCAUGACAUCUGGCACCGUCGCCAUGACUACUGGCUGCUGGCUGGCAUCGUAACACAUGGCUACGCUCGCUGGCAGGACAUUCAGAACGACCCGCGUUACGCGAUUCUGAACGAGCCCUUCAAAACCGAGAUGCAUAAAGGCAACUAUUUAGAGAUGAAGAACAAGUUCCUGGCUCGCCGCUUUAAGUUGUUAGAGCAGGCUCUGGUGAUUGAGGAGCAGCUCCGGCGGGCAGCCUACCUGAACAUGACCCAGGACCCCAGUCACCCGGCCAUGGCUCUCAACACACGCUUCGCCGAGGUGGAAUGUCUGGCAGAGUCCCACCAGCACCUGUCCAAAGAGUCUCUGGCCGGGAACAAGCCUGCCAAUGCCGUGCUGCACAAAGCACUUCGCUCACUCAGCGAUACGGGAGCUGCCUCAACAGCGCACAGUUUCGCACACAGCGCCAUACUAGCUGAGGACCCGCCCCUAUCGCUGCUGAGCCAAUCACGAGGCCCCAUAUUACACACUGACUCUGUCAAGUUCCCGGCAAUUGGCCGAGAUCCUUUUCAGUCCCCAGUGCUGAACCAGCUGGAGGAACUUCUGAGUGACAUGAAAGCAGAUGUGACGCGACUGCCCAACAUGUUGUCGAGGAUCCCGCCGGUGUCGGCCCGCCUGCAGAUGUCUGAGAGGAGUAUCCUGAGCCGCCUCACCAGCCGAGGCAGCGAGCCUCCACCGCAGCAGCCUUUCAGCCAGGGAGGGUUCGGCUGCUCCCAGAUGUACGGCAGCAGCUUCGGUGGGGGAUUCAGGGGACCGGGCGGACAGCCCAUGGUCAACUACAGUCAGAUGCCUCUUGGACCUUACGUCAGCGUGUCCUCCAAUGGCCCCCCUACAAGCCAUCUGGACAAGAAGUCACUGGACUCCUUGAGAGACGUGGCGACGCCUGACCUCAAGUCAGGAAAACCUAGUGAUGUCAUCUGUAUUGAGGAUUAGAGCAGCUCUUGACACACUGACCGCGGGUCAGAAACUCCCAGGGAUGGAAUCUAUAUGGAUGACUGCUGCCCCUCUGUUACACGACACACUCCUCCUCCUCCUCCUCCUCCUCCUCCUACUCCUCCUUCUCCUCCAGCUCCUUCUUGACUCAAAACCUACCAAUUCAAGCUGUCUGUGGAUGAGGCAAUUAACUUUUUUGAUUAAUGCAAAUGUAUCUAUCUUAACAAUUGCACUUUUAUCUUUCAAGGAUCCUAUAGAAGUAUUUCAGUAGAUGUUUGUUUUACCUGCGAUGGGGAGCUGGGGAUCAGGAGGGAAAACGAAGCAGCUUUUCAUAAAGAGGAUUUUUUUUUUCUUUCAGUACUGCACUACAAUGAGGAACCCAAUUUAGUUGAGUUCCCGAUGCUCUCGAUUGGGCCUCAUUCUGAUCUCGGAAUGUGUGUUCUGGCCUCGACUUUUUCAUUCAGCGUGCGCCCUGUUGCUUUUAUCCAUUCGCCUCAUCACUGUACACUGUGACUGCGCCCCUCUGGAGCUUGUUCCCCGAGAAAAGGAGAGAAACUGAGGACGUCUUCGGUCAUGGUCGGACAGGUGGUUGUUUUUUUCUGAGGGGGGGUCAGUAUUGUCACUUUAGAUGAAUAUGUGUUUUUUGUCAUUCAUGUUGUAACCGGUGGAUAAAAUAUUGAUUUGAAAGGAUCAAAAAACAUUUCACAUGUAUGCAGUAGCCUGAAUCCUCUAAAGACUGCCACCUGCUGGUCGUUUAGAGAAAGUCAUUUCUGCUCAACCUGCAGAUAAACGUGACUGCAGAUACCUGUGACGGGUUGGCCUCUCGUACUGUACAUAUUCAGAGACUGCUGUUUAUUUUACCUCACAUAGGUCUAAUGAUAGUGAACAUACGUAUUCAUACAUGGAUUAAAAAAAAAAAGAAGAAAGAAACAAAACAAAACAAAAAAAAAACGGAAGAGUGGAGUAGGGGACUCUUUGGGAGCGGACGAAAGGAUUUUUGAUUCAUUUUAGAGAAGUAUUUCUGUGUAUGGUACAAUAUUUGUGGUUUUUUUCUAUAUCUGAAUGUUAGUAGUGGCUGUAGAGCUUAACCCUGGGGCCAUAACCAGUGGGACCUCAUUAUAAACAGGAACUGAUCUGGUCCGCAUCCACAUACAGGGCUUCAGCGAGUCCUGAAUGGAGGGUGGCGUUUUUCUCCCCUCUUACAUCCCAGGUACUUUCUCAGUUCCCUUUUAAUCGCUAGGACUAAAUAAGAACAUAUGUGCUCGCGGUGCGGCGCCACCUUAAGUUUAGUAUUUGACGCAAACUGAGCUUUUGAUUGCUUCUCUCAACGCUAAGGUAACAAACCAGCUGCAUUUGGUGACUAGGUGCCGUUAAAGGAGGCGAUCCAGAGUGAUUUGUUCUUUGAUGCGGUUUUAUUUCCUCCCCAGAGGUGAGGACUGCGGCUGGUGCAGUCGCAGCCUGAACACACAUCUAAAGGAAUAUUCUCUGUGUAAUCAGCUUUUUAAGGACCAAUGUUGCACAGCGUUGUCGACGGCGACGUCUUCACCUCCUUCAGUCCUGCGUAGGUCGUACGGUGUCAUCUUUUGCUUUACCUGCAGUGAAGGCACGUUGGUGUAGCUACAUAUCUAGUCCAUCAACUAUAAACACGUGGUUUAGUGAAUGUCCACCAAGUAAAACAAUCUUUUAUAAAUUCAGCCUUGCUAUAUUUCAUUUUCUACGAAAGCUGAAAUGUUUGGGCGCGAACUGCAAAUCUUAUCCGUUUCUUUUCCUCUUUUUCUUUGUUUCUUUUCCAAAGACCAGUGGCAUUAACAGUUUGUAUUAUUAUUAUUGUUGUUGCCAUUGCCACAGCACUUAUUCGAAAUAGAUGGGAUGGCGAUUGUGAUCGACUUAUCUGCAGUGGAGAGGUGGUGUUGUAUAAAAGCUGGUGAGUGUAUUUUCUUACUCUCUUUUUGCCAAUUCAAAUGAUUGUCCCGAGGUGCUCUCAGACUGUGUCACGACAACCUCCUCGCCGCGUCGUUGUUCCUCGGCCCGACUCUGAACGUCGCCACCAGAAAGAACCACGAGGCGGACCUCGAAAUGCUCCUCUUUGUUAGUGUUAUUUAGUGCCGUUUCGUUUAGCGUGUUUCUGUUCGCACCAUCAACUACUUGACCACGACAUGUAUUAGGUUGACAGAUAGAACCUCAGAAACAUGUAAAUACUUGAAAGAUUUUUCAGAGAUAAGUCCAUGUCAUAUAGAUUUUUGUAUGAAACUGAAAAAAAAAAUUAAGAUGAAUGUCGACCGGAUGCGAUUGCCAUAGAACUGGUGUGUGCGCAGUACGCGCUCAUCAAUCGAAAUCAUGUCCUCUGGAGCGGUGACCGCGAGAAGACGUCGAAAAACAAUACUCCAAUGAAAUGCAAUCAAACUGAAGCCAGUAUGAAUGUAAUGUCUGUUUAAAAAGAGGCUUCAGUCUAAUAUUAUAAAUAUGUUAACAAUGUAUGUACAUGCUUAUCAAUGUGGCUUCAAAAGCUACCAAAAGACCCUGAUAAAAGGCACCUUUGUUGCAGUGAAUGCACAGCAUGUGAAGCGUUUUGAUAGGACGGUUCACUCUCGGGAGGCGGUAGUGUAUCUAGCAUUUACAGACAAUGAGCUCCAAGCAGUGUUAUGGUUCUGAUAUUUGUGCUGUAUAGCAAUUGAAUGAAAAAAAAAAAAGUGAAUUGUCAUCCUUUUAUUUGUAUUCUGUGUAUUUGUUCAAUGUGUUUUAAUAAAUCUUCUGGACAACAGUGA